AGUAGCUUAAUGGAACACAGUGUUGUAGCUAACAUUUUCUGCAAGAGCGUAAAUUGCCGCCAAUAAAAUUUCCAUUCUUAAACGGUGCGCUGGUGUUACGCCCCGCUAUAUUGGAGCAACUUUUUUCCCGGUAUUGAUUUUUUUUGCGAUAUAAAUUGUUGUUGUAUAAGGGUGGCGUUAGGUGCAUUGAUAUGUUGGCCUGCUAACGUCCAACCCAGAAAUAUCUUUAGAAAAUUUUCCGUGCCUUCGUAUCCGGCGAAUAAUGCCCUACUUUAAACGUAUUGUAGCAUUGUAACGUUAUCCCGAUGCCGUCGAGAUGCAAUAUUUUAGCCGGCUCGAAUAUCCCGUAAAUUGACUAUCGGUUGAUUCGGUUGGUCCAACAAACCGACCACUUGACGUAACGGAAUAGAUUUUCCUUGUUCCUCUGCGACGAUCAAUGUGUCCAGAAAAAUCCGCGAUAGCUGAAUGUACGUAAUGCUACGUAUACCGUAUAAUAUGCUAACGGUGGGAAUGGAGAAAAAACCGGCGCAUGUACCCAGCUCUGUGAUUUGUUAGAUAAACGCUGACGGGGAUGCGCUGGCGCUGGACUGAAACACUUAAUUGACAGCCGGGUCUGUACGUCGUCGGGUUGAGUUUAUGUUUUAUUCGCCGGAGCGCGUACAUAUUAAGCAUCAGGGAGUUUCCUCGGCUGCGCGUGAAACCGGAUGUGGGGCUGUUGCUCGCACAUUGUUUUCUGAUUUCAUUUAUCCAGUCUGCAUUGUGCAUUUUGAUGCGUACUCGAUGCGAUUGAUGAUUUUUUGGAGAAUAUAAAUUUGUGCCUAGAUCUGGUGCUUAGUAUAUAAAGCGUACUCGGAUAUUUAGCCAAAUAUGAUUAAGGACUAACAUUUCCGGUGCCCGGUACAUAUACCCUGAAGAAUGGCCGACCCGGAGAAAUGGGUCGGCGAGGCGGACGCCCUCAACAUGGAUACCGACGAGACUUUGGAGCAGGAGCUGACAGAGGAUCCGGCCGAUAUCCAACCCAAAUUCUUCCGCACCCCCUCCGUCGACCUGAUCCCAACGGCAGCCGCCGUAGCCGCCGCCCGCCGGCGCAGCUCGGUUCGCUCCAUUAAACGGUCAGCGGCCAGUGCCGAAGCGCGCCGGCGCAGCUUCGCUACGUCACCCCACAAAUCAGCGGUGCCGCCGUUUGAUGCCGCUGCCGGGGAGGUAUCUAUUGAGCUGGAGGACAGUCGACCCUACCCACCGCGCCUGGAGACCGACGACGAGGAGAUUGCACGCUUUGGGGGCCCGUAUACGUGGCGCGAUCUGAAGGAGGAGAUGAAGGGUCUGUGCACGCUGAAGACACUCCAGCGGAAGCUGCCCAUUACGGCCUGGCUGCCUAAGUAUUCCCGGGAGGAUCUGAUGGGGGAUGUCGUGGCCGGAUUAACUGUUGGCCUCACAGUGGUGCCCCAGUGCUUAGCCUACGCCCAAAUUGCCGAUCUCAAUUUGAAGUACGGACUGAAUUCGGCCUACAUGGGCUGCUUCGUGUACGCACUGCUGGGCACCUCCAAAGACGUCACCGUCGGACCAACGGCCAUAUUGUCCCUGCUCACCGGGGCGUUCGUUGUGCGGGAUGCCGGCCGGGAGGGCGAGUGGGCGGUUCUCCUGUGCUUCUGCGUCGGAUGUUUUCAAUUGCUCAUGGGAUUUUUACGCUUAGGAUUCCUUAUUAACUUUAUCUCUACGCCGGUCGUUUCGGGAUUUACACAAGCCGCGGUUGUUGUUAUAAUCCUCAGCCAGAUAAAGAACCUCAUGGGUCUUCCCAGCUUCGGCAGUGCCAAGGACAACAUCAUCCAAACACUCGCCGGUUACUACAGCAAAAUCGACCGCACAAAUGGUUGGGAUGUGCUGAUAGGCAGCAUCUGUAUCACCCUGCUGCUGCUUAUGCGUGAAAUGAAGAUGCCGGCUUGGAGAGCGUCGGAGGGUGCGGCCGCUGGGACACCACCGCGAUGGUGGCGGGCGCUGAAGGAGACCAUUCGAUUAAUGAGCGUUUCGCGCUACGCCAUCGUCGUGGUGCUGGCCACCGCCCUGCAGUUCGUCUUCCACCACAACAACAUUAAGGGACUAUCGGUGGUGGGCGACGUUAAUGCGGAGUUGUCGCCGCCUGUCCCGCCCAGCUUCAACGUGGAGGGCCGCUCCUUCGGCAAUGUCCUGGCCACCUUCGGCUCGGGCCUGGUGCUGGUACCGCUACUGGCCACCAUGGAGUCCAUCGCCGUGGCCAAGACCUUUGCUCAUAAAUUCCGCUACAACAUCGACACCACCCAGGAGUUCCUUGCCUUGGGCGCCGGCAACCUCAUCUCCUCCUUCUUCGGCUCCUAUCCGGUCACUGGCGCCUUCACUCGCUCCGCCCUCAACGCCGAGAGCGGUGUGCGAACGCCCCUGGGCUGCAUCGUCACAGGUGGUUUUGUGGUGGUGGCCAUCGUGGCUCUGAAGUCGCUCUUCCAGUACAUUCCCAAAGCUGCACUGGCGGCGGUGAUCAUCUGCGCCUGUCUGACCAUGUUCGACUUCCAGAUCUUCCGCGAACUGUGGUUUAUUCGCAAAUCAGAGCUCUUUGUCCUGAUCUUGACCAUGGCCAUGUGCCUGUUCCUGCGCGUGGAGUACGGCCUUCUCAUCGGUCUGACCGUUUCCAUCCUCAUGCUGGUUUACCCAAUGGCGCGGCCGGUAGUCAUUGUCCGGCGCCGGCGGAAGUCCCUGUUGAACCGCAGCCCCAAUAUGCGGCUGGAUGAAUGCCGCAUUAACGUCAUUCCACAGGGCGCCAUCUUUUUCCCAGCGGCCGAGUACGUCAAGGAGGUUUUCAAUGAUCCGCUGUUCAGCGUGCCGGUAAAGGCGCUGACCACCCCCCGGGAGUCCAACGCGAACGGGGAACUGCGCGGUGGGAUGGCGCUGCGGGACGCCCUGCCGCCUAUCAUCUUCGACGGAAUCCAUCUGACCAGUUCGGAUUAUUCGACCCUGCGGGCGCUGCGCAGUGUUUUUGUUAACUGCAAGGCCAACCAUCGGGAUAUUGUCUUCGUCAAUACAUCCGACGAAAUCCUGGAUAUUAUUAUGCCCUUUCGCAAAAAGACGCUGCCAGCUGUUGCGGCCAGUGCCGGGCCAGAUGAUGCAGAGGAACAGCAGCAUCCGGUGCCCAGCAAGCACCCCAAUUAGGAUCGUCGAAUUGUCAACGGUACGAGCAUAUAUAGCGAAGACCGAUCUCUGAUGAUCUCCAUGAGCAAUCAAAAAGCGUACUGCCACGCUGCCACGUGCCGAAGCAGAGUUUAAUUAUAGGGUUUGCCGUGAUAUUGUGGUGUUUGCCGAGAUAUGAUGGAUUUUCCCGGUGGGGGAAAACAAUUACGAAUGCAUAGUAUUUAGGUUACUGAUGGAUUUCCUGAUGCAGUCUACGAAUUCACGAUAAAGUGUGUCGCUGCCAAUUUUAUCGCAAACGUUGUCAUGUUCAACAGUUAAGCUGAAUGCGAUACCUAUAACGUCUAAGCAUGUUACUUCCUGUCGACUAUCUUUAAUUUACUGGAUUUGUAUUUGGUAAUUUAUUAUUGGUCUGCAGUAGGGUUUGCGUACCAGACUGGUGUUGUGAAAAUUGAGGAUCUUGAUUUAGCAAUAAGAGGUUUCUGGCCAGAUUGUCAUAGUGUGUGCUCUUUGUGUCGGUGCUGUAGUGAUGGUUGUUGCUUGAUGCCUGACUGGUAAAGUUGAACCUGGUCUACUUUAUUAUCACUUCAAUGGUUAAAACAUGUACGUUACAUAAAUGACACCUCAUCGA